GAAUAAAACAAACGCUACGAGGUGAUAUGUCACCAAUUUUCUCUCUCCUCUCCUUCCUUGUUUGAUCACCCACAAACCCAAACAAUUAGAAAUCUCAUUUCAAGUCAUCAUAGUUGAUCAUUUCUUCUCAAAUUUGUUUCAACCCUUUUUAAUCUUCCCUCAAGUUUCUCGAAUUCUCUGCAAUUUCUGAAGAGAUCGGUGUGGUGGGGAUAGUAGUGCUAGAGUUCUUCACAAAUGGGUCAAGCAUUUCGCAAGCUGUUUGACACUUUCUUUGGCAACACUGAAAUGAGGGUUGUAAUGCUUGGUCUUGAUGCAGCCGGUAAAACAACUAUAUUGUACAAACUGCAUAUUGGGGAAGUUCUGUCUACUGUUCCAACAAUUGGUUUCAAUGUUGAAAAAGUUCAGUACAAGAAUGUGAUUUUCACUGUGUGGGAUGUUGGUGGUCAAGAAAAACUUAGACCACUUUGGAGGCAUUACUUCAACAAUACAGAUGGACUGAUCUAUGUAGUUGAUUCCUUGGAUCGGGAUCGAAUUGGAAAAGCGAAGCUAGAGUUUCAGGCUAUCAUCAAUGAUCCAUUCAUGCUUAACAGUGUUAUUUUGGUGUUUGCAAAUAAGCAAGAUAUGAGAGGAGCCAUGUCACCGAUGGAAGUUUGUGAAGGGCUAGGUCUUUUUGAUCUCAAAAACAGGAAAUGGCAUAUUCAGGGGACUUGUGCUCUAAAGGGAGAUGGUCUAUACGAGGGUCUGGAUUGGUUAUCUAGCACUCUCAAAGAGGUAAGAGCUGCAGGAUACUCGUCUCUGGGGGCAUCAUCCAUCUGAUUGAUCAGCAGGUUGACUAAAGGCGAUUAUCUUUUCUGAAGGAAGUGGCGAAAAAACUUACCAUUUUACGUGUAGAAAUUGUAGGCAAUUCUUGGGGUUUUUGUGGUGAAAACUAAAGGUGCAUUGGGCAUUUGCUUAUGGCGUUGCCUCGAGCUUCAAAUCUCUGACAACUUGAGAUGUAUAUUGACAUAACAUGUUCACUGUAUGGCUGUACCUCGCUGGGACGUUCAUAGAAAAAUGUAUUGACUGAGGUUGACAUUCUCUCACUGUGAGUUGGUUUCAGGGGCUAUCCUGAAAUGUUUGUAAAAUACUUCAUGGCAGUGUGGUUGUACCAUUCCAGAAUUGCAACAUAUUAACCAUUACAGUUGAACAAGUUUUUGGUUGUGUCAAA